GCGUGCCCUCAUAUAGAUUACUCGAUGGUUCUGCAGAACGGUCGAUGCGAGUAACUCUCCAUCAUCGUCGUCUUAAUUUGAUUCAGCAGAGGACCCUGUCUGUAGGCAUGCGCUAUAAAUCAAUGGCUGGGCAGCAGAUGCAUUGCUUGCAUGCAUGGCCCAGGGCCCUCCCCUAGCUUCUCACCUUGCUAGCCCGUGGGCUAAAGGAUCAUGGGUAACCUCGUCAGCAGGCCCAGUUGUCUGGGCAACAAAUCCAAGCACGUGCGCACGGACGAGGAAUACCUAAAGGAGUGCUACCAGCGGCGGCGCGAGUGGCCUCUGCCUGAACCGUGCGAGGAGGGGAAGAAGCCGGAGGAUGUGGCGCCCAGCGCGACCCCGGAAAAGCCCCGGAGCUCCCCGGCACCGACGGUCACCACCACCAGCACUCUGGACAAUGCCUGGCGCAGCACGCCCUCGCCGGUCAAAACCCCCCGCAACGGGUCACUGCCCAGCAGGACUAACCCCCCGGAGUUCAGGCACUCCCCACUGGGGCAUUACGCCGGGGGGACCCUGGAAAGGCAGUCCCCGCUGGGACAUUACGACAAGGGGACUCUAGAGAAGAGAGCCAGCCUCCAGAGGAGGGACUCUGGGAGCCCCUGGUCAUGGAAAACGCCGAACAGACCGCAAGUCACCGAGGUGACGGAGGUGACGGAGACUGUUGUGACGGAGAUUGUGGAGGUGACGGAGUAUCCACCUGCAGGGAAGGGAGGUGACCCCAUUGUCACCAGGACUGUGAGGGUCCUCACUGGAGCAGCUGAGGAACUAGCAGAGGUCAAUACAACAUCAACAGUCAGAGCACUCUCUGGGCUUAUUGGCGUAACGGCUUUUCCCAUUACCAUUUGCCAUCCUCAAAACAACCAGUUGCAUCUUUCAAAUUUAAUCUUCCAUGAGCUUUAUUCAUAAUAUUUACAUCAUGCUGUUUUGUGACCUACAGCCUACAGCCAUUCCUAGUUGAUUUAAAAAAUGUUGACUGCUAUCAUAGCGUAACUGGCAUGAUAAAGUAUUGUUUCCUGGAUGCAUGUUUUCUGCAGGUGUUUUGAUUUAGCAAAGAAGGGAUCAAACACUACCUACAAGUUUUCAAGCCAAGGGUUAGGUCUUUCCAUAUUCCCUCAUCUUGAUAG